AUUAAGGCAGUGGUUGUUUGCAACACCUUAGCCCAUGACUGGAUGCUGCUAUUAUAACCUGCCUGCUAUGUACCUGGAGUCACAUGAUUGUGUGUUAGUAGUCAGCCUUUUUUUUCCCCCAAUAUUCGGGGAGUUAAAAGAGAGAAAGAACAUUACAAGUUUUGAGUGUUUUGCUCUGUAUUUCUUACUACACAGUACACAGGAUUUGAAGCUUGAGAAAGUUGAUUAACUAGUUUGGCAGGUCUGGUACUGCAAGGGAGCCAUUACAGGAAAGGAAAGAAGACAGCAGGGAGAUAUACAGCACUUUGACAAACAUGGAGCUCUGUGAGUCUUUAAAACUGACUUAAAGGAGAAAAACUAUACUGCUGGUGUGGGGUAAUCUUUGGAAACAGGUUUUACCUGACCUCUUCCAGGCUGCUACUUUUCAUACUCUUGUUUUCAGUUUGGUUUGGUCCUCUCCAGAAGGAACACACGACUGAAAUAAUUAUCAACCAUUUCAGCUGAAACAGAAACUCGACGCACUGUAGAAUAUUUUUUCCAGCAGACCAUACAUCUAUGAAUAUUUGGAUGGAAGAAAGAAAAUACUAGUGUUUACACUUUUCCAUCAGAAUGGAUAAUCACAGGAACACACAGAGAGACUCUGAAUUGUCUCUUGAUGAAUAUUCUACUCCCAACGAUGAUGAUGUGCCAUACAGUGAUGAUGAAACUGAUGACGAACUUGAAAGUCCACUUCCACAUACCGAGCCAGAUCAAAACCGCAUCAACAGGGAGGCAGAAGAUGGGCAAGAAACACCAAAGAAAAAAAGUGACUUAACUUGGGAAGUUAAGGCAAAUGACAAGCACUUUUAUGAAGAUCCUAGAUUUCAGAAGAAGAAAUUUUUCUGCAUAAAGAGUAGUAAAUAUGCAGACAAUAGUAUUAAGACCUCAAAGUAUAAUGUCAUCACCUUCCUACCAAGAAAUCUGAUUGAACAGUUUCAAAGAGCAGCAAAUUUUUACUUUCUUGUGCUUCUAAUCUUGCAGUGCAUUCCACAAAUUUCAACAUUGUCGUGGUAUACAACAUUAGUACCUCUGCUGCUGGUACUUGGAAUUACUGCAAUCAAAGAUCUCGCAGAUGAUAUUACACGGCACACAUCAGAUAAUGAAAUUAACAACAGGAAGUGUGAGAUUUUACAAGAUGGCAGGUUCAAGCAAUCAAAAUGGAAACACAUAAACGUCGGAGAUGUCAUUCGUUUGAAGAAAGAUGAUGAUAUUCCUGCUGAUCUUCUGUUACUGUCCAGCACAGAGCCCAAUAGUCUUUGUUAUGUAGAAACAGCUGCACUUGAUGGCGAAACAAACCUGAAGUUCAAAAUGUCGUUGGAUGUCACACACAAAAACCUUCAGCAUGAAGAAGGCCUGGAAAGAUUUGAUGCAUUGCUUGUCUGUGAAGAACCCAACAACCGUUUGGAUAAGAUUACUGGAACAAUGUAUUGGGGAAGUGCCUCUUAUGCUGUUGAUAUGGAUAAAGUCUUGCUGCGUGGUUGCACUGUCAGAAACACAGAUGUUUGUCAUGGACUUGUCAUAUAUGCAGGUACUGACACCAAAAUUAUGAGAAAUGGUGGAAAAACCAGAUUUAAAAGGACCAAAAUUGAUGUGUUGAUGAACUAUUUGGUGUACAUGAUCUUUGUUGUGCUGAUUUUGGUGUCUUCUGGUCUUGCUAUUGGAAAUGCUUUCUGGGAACAGCAAAUGAGGAACAUUUCCUGGUACCUGUAUGACGGACAAGACUGGUCUCCAAACUACCGUGGCUUCCUAACAUUCUGGGGUUACAUAAUUAUUCUAAACACCAUGGUUCCCAUCUCAUUAUAUGUGAGUGUGGAAGUGAUUCGUUUGGGGCAAAGCUACUUCAUAAACUGGGAUAUGCUGAUGUAUUAUGACAAAAAUGACACUGCAGCCAAUGCAAGAACUACAACUCUGAAUGAACAGCUUGGACAGAUUCAGUACAUCUUCUCUGACAAGACUGGAACACUAACGCAGAACAUCAUGGUAUUCAAAAAAUGUGCCAUUAAUGGACAGAUAUAUGGUGAAGCCAGGAAUUCAUCAGGAAAAGAAGUAGACAAGAUAGAGGCAGCAGAUCUUUCAUGGAACCAGUACGCUGAUAACAAACUUACAUUCCAUGAUCAUUAUUUAAUUAAUUGUGUAAAGUCAGAAAAAGAUCCAGAUAUUAAGGAAUUCUUCAAGUUGCUUGCUUUGUGUCACACUGUAAUGGCCGAGCAAAAGGAUGGUGAGUUAGUCUACCAGGCCGCAUCUCCAGAUGAAGAAGCUCUCGUUACAGCAGCUAGAAACCUGGGUUAUGUUUUUCUAAAACGCACACAGAACUCCAUAACCAUAAGUGAGAUGGGGGCAAUAAGGACUUAUGAAACCUUGGCCAUGCUUGACUUCAACAGUGAUAGGAAGCGAAUGUCUGUCAUCUUGAGGGACCCUGAUGGUAAUCUAAAACUAUACUGCAAGGGUGCCGAUACCAUUAUAUACGCUCGGCUACAUGAGGCCAGCAAAAGCAAAGAUGUCACCCAGAAAUCACUUGAUGUCUUCGCAGCUGAAACUCUAAGAACCUUGUGCCUUUGUUACAAAGACCUUGGUGAACAGCAGUUUAGUAAGUGGUUUCAGAAAUACCAGGAUGCUUCUGUUUCAACAGUUGACCGUGAUGCGGCCCUGAGCACAGUAUACGAAGAAAUAGAAACCGAUUUGCUACUUCUUGGAGCAACAGCAAUAGAAGACAAACUGCAAGAUGGUGUUCCAGAAACAAUUUCUAAACUUGCUGAAGCCAACAUCAAAAUCUGGGUCCUUACAGGAGACAAGAAAGAAACUGCUGAAAACAUUGGGUUUAGCUGCCAACUUUUAACAGAAGACAUGUCAUUGUGUUAUGGAGAGGACAUUAACCAAGAGCUUCAAGUAAAACAAGAAAACAGAAGAAACCAUAUUGGUGUAUCAGCACAAGCCAAUCCAAAUAUGAACCAGUCCACACUACCUGAAGGAAAACGAGCUUUGAUAAUCACCGGUACCUGGCUGAAUGAAAUCCUAUAUGAGAAAAAGAAGAAGAAGAAAAAGAAGCUGCUAAAAAUUAGACGUCACAAAACAAAGGAGGAGCUGGAUGAAGAAAAACGUAAAGAAGAGGCCUUGAAGGAGCAGCGUCAGAAAGAUUUUGUGGAUCUGGCCUGUGAAUGUAGUGCGGUGGUUUGCUGUCGUGUCACUCCAAAGCAGAAGGCAAUGGUAGUAAGCCUAGUGAAGAAAUAUAAGAAAGCAGUUACUCUUUCUAUUGGAGAUGGUGCCAAUGAUGUAAACAUGAUUAAAACUGCUGACAUCGGUGUGGGUAUCAGUGGACAGGAGGGAAUGCAGGCAGUGAUGUCAAGCGAUUAUUCCUUUGCCCAGUUCAGGUUCUUGCAAAGACUACUGCUUGUCCACGGCCGGUGGUCAUACAUCAGGAUGUGCAAGUUCUUACAAUAUUUCUUCUACAAAAACUUUUCAUUUACUUUGGUUCACUUCUGGUACUCGUUUUUCAAUGGAUUCUCUGCACAGACUGUGUAUGAAAGCUGGUUCAUCACGCUAUACAAUGUUUUGUACACUAGCCUUCCAGUGCUGCUCGUUGGAUUGCUUGAUCAGGAUGUGAGUGACAAGCUGAGCCUCCAUGUCCCCAAGCUUUACCUCCCUGGACAGAAAGACAAGCUGUUUAAUUAUGUGCGCUUUUUUGAAAGCUUAAUCCAUGGAAUUCUUACAUCAUUGGUUAUCUUCUUUGUACCUUAUGGUGCAUUCCUCCAGACCAUGGGCCAGGAUGGGGAGGCCCCAUCAGAUUACCAGUCCUUCGCUGUCACCGCAGCAUCUGCUCUUGUAAUUACUGCCAACUUCCAGAUUGCCCUUGACACCUCCUACUGGACGUUUGUCAAUGCAUUUUCUGUCCUUGGCAGUAUUGCACUUUAUUUUGGAGUCAUGUUUGACAUCCACAGUGCUGGGAUACACGUCAUUUUCCCAUCCCAAUUUUAUUUUACAGGAGCUGCACCUAAUGCCCUUCGACAGCCAUACCUUUGGCUGACCAUCAUUUUAACCGUUGGAAUGUGCCUGCUUCCUGUAAUUGCAGUUCGAUUCUUUUUAAAGACAGUAGCACCUACUGAAAGUGAAAAGAUUCAAAAGAAUCGCAAGCAGUAUGAGAAGGAAAUUAAAACUCCAAAACCAAGGCCAUCAGUUCUCAGACGUGGUGUAUCUCAGCGCCGUUCAACAUAUGCCUUCUCACAUCAACCUGGGUAUGCUGAUCUAAUUACUACUGGGCGAAGUAUACGUAGAAAAACAGCUCCACGGCGAGUAGGAAUUGCAGCAGCAGAAUUUGCUGCUCCUGAUGGAAGACAAUAAAGUUGUGUUUUAUCCACUUAGCAUUUUACUGAAAAUGUUGCACAGCACGGGAGAACUGUGGAUUUUAUAACAUUAUUUUGUCUCAGGAUUUUAAAGUUCUGCUCAUUAAGUGAACAUGUUGUGAUCUGUGCCUUUCUGGCAUCUCAUCAGAUGGGCUAACAAGUCCUCUCCAACCAUUGAGGCAGCAGUGAAGAGUGAACUGCAUAGAAGUCCAUGAAGAUAGAGAUGGUAAUCUUGUUGAUUCACAACUGAUGUAUGCCACUUUUUAUAUAUUGUAUAGUUAUGUUAAUAUAUUUAAUUUUGGCAGUGAAUCUUUGGAAGAAGAUGGAAACAACAUCAUUAAGAUUUAAAAAUGCCAUUUGAUGCUAGUGUAGUAUGUGUAGUUUUGAAAUAUUUUUAUAGUCUCAUUACCCCAUUCUUUCCUUGAACUCACCAAGUGACACUGCAGAUAGGGACUGCAUGAGUCCUGUUGUGUGGCAUCAUCGUGCACACGUCUGUUCAUUGUGAGCAGGUCAAGCUUCAUCUUCAGUCUUCUGGGGGAAAAUGUGCCUUUCCACUGUAGCAUUUUAUUUGCUACAGGCAUUUUGUCUGUAUUCAGAGCCUUUAUUUUUGCACUAUUUGUUAUUUUUAAUGGGAACUAUUUAAUCAGUUUACUGACUUUUGUAGUGUUGUACCCCUAAAACUCUUAAGUGACUAGAAAAAAUAUUUUUCUUGACUAUAAUAAAAAAAUGGUGCCUCUCUAGCUGAUAAACCCCAGCACUGUGCAAUUACAAAUUAUUAAAGCAAUACAUUGCUGGAAAAGUGUACAUUUUAAUAUUUUCAGGUCUAUGUAUUUUUUUUUCAUUCAGCUGAAGUUAAGUGUUAACUGUAUUUUACUAGAAAUACAGUGUACUGUCAUGUUUGCUUAUUUUAUCACUGUGACUUACAACUAACUGUUAAUGGGGGACUUUUAAAAUGUGGUACAUUUCAAAUAAAGAAUACAUUCAUUUAUUUAAA